AAAACUGCGGGCACGUUGUACUUUUACAAAUUGCUUUUAUUUAGCAUUCGAUAUUUGACAACGUUGGUGUUCAGCUGGUUUGAUUUGUGCUUUCUUUAAUAAUUCGUGCGUGCGGUAAAGAAUUGUUUGCGGUAUAAAUUGAAACUAUCGUUGUGUGCGAUAGAAGUACAACGUAGAGUAUGCAUUCCGUAUUGCAAACCAACUGUGCUUUAUAAAACAUAUUUUAUAAAUAUUCUCAAUUAUAUGCGCUGUGAAAGAAAUCGAUUAUUCGGCAAUAAUUCUAAAUUGACAACAACACGUGCCAAUUUAUUAUUUGCGUGAUAUUAUAUAUUUUGUCGAGGCUGGAAAUUUCAUUUAUAAACUAUGGGCGAAAGUCAACCACUUAGUGAAUCAAACGGGUCCAAAGAUCGUAUUGUUAUUACAUCUAAUGGAACUGAUGUUGAUAGUGACCCACAUGCCAACAAAAUGGCUAUAAAACCAGCGCUAACAGAAGAACAUAUUGAGGCACCCUGUUGUCGAGACAUACACGGUAGGAAUGAGCCUCCAGAUGGCGGUAUGCGUGCUUGGCUAGUUAUGAUUAGUGCUUUUAUAUGCAAUGGUGUCAUAUUUGGCAUAAUUAAUACAUAUGGCAUCUUAUAUGCCCUCUUGAACGAUCGGCUUUUGCAGGCUGGUGACAAAGAAGCUUCGAGCAAAGCAGCUUUAGUUGGCUCAUUAACCAUUGGCACCACCUUUUUGUUCUCACCAGUUGCAGGUGUGCUCACAGACAAAAUCGGAUUACGAUUGACUACAUUAAUUGGCGGCUUACUAUCCGCUAUCGGUCUACUGCUCUCAUCAUUCUUUACGUCAAACAUCCAAGCAAUGUAUUUAACAUAUGGCGUUAUGUUUGGUUUGGGCGCCGCUUUGGCUUACACGCCAACAUUGGCAAUUUUGGGGCAUUAUUUUAAACGGUAUUUGGGAAAAGUAAGUGGAUUUGUUACAGCCGGGUCCAGUGUAUUCACAGUAAUAUUGCCAACAAGUCUGGACUAUUUGUUGCGAGGUUAUGGUUUGGAAGCCACGUUGCAGGUGAUGAGUUUGGUGUCCUGUUUCAUAAUCGCUUGUUCCUUCGUUUAUAAACCGCUACAUCCACCGCCUUGUCCGCCACGAAAGAAGCCGGGUCGUUCACGUAUCAAUAUGCUUGUACGGUCCAUUAUUAAUGUUGAAAUCUGGAAACGCAAGAAAUAUGUGAUAUGGGCACUCUGUGUUCCUAUAGCUUUGUUCGGCUAUUUUGUACCUUACGUCCAUAUGAUGAAGUUUGUGGAGAAAACGUUUCCUGGUAAAAGCAAAAAUCUGCCUGUGAUGUGCAUUGGUGUGACCUCCGGUGUUGGCCGAUUAAUAUUCGGUAUUAUUGCCGAUCUGCCGAGAGUUAAUCGUAUAUAUUUGCAGCAGUCAUCGUUAACGUGCAUUGGUGUGAUAACGUUAUUGCUACCUCUGACCAGUUCGUAUGUACUACUUAUAGCAUUCACACUAGUAAUGGGUUUGUUCGACGGCUGUUUCAUUUCCCUUCUGGGUCCUAUAGCCUAUGAGAUUUGUGGACCAUCCGGUGCCACACAAGCUAUUGGCUUUCUAUUGGGUCUGAGUUCGUUUCCUUUAACACUUGGACCCCCGAUUGCAGGCUGGAUUUAUGAUCAAACCGGUUCAUACACUAUGCCAUUUAUUUUGGCAGGAAUACCGCCCAUAUUGGGCUCAACAAUUAUGUUCCUAAUACGAUGCGUUCGCGAUGAUGGAGAUUCUGCAAAGAAAGUGUCAAGCAAGCCUAAAGCAGAUGUGGAGAACGGUGGAAAUAUUCAAAACACCAGUUGGAAAAAUACCGAGCAAAAUUUCAAUGAGCCGUUAUUGACGGGAUCUGAGGCUACAAACGAUGCUGACAGAACAUAUGCAUUGGCAGACUCCAUGCGCCAAACGAAUUCCACCGAGUCAGGUAUUAGUCGUUACUUUAUGGCCGGUAAACUUUCGGCAGCUUUAGAAAAACGUAGAAUUAUAUCUGCUUGUGUUCAUGAUGCUCCCAGUAGUGCAAUAACUAAUCAUCCUAUUUGCUCAAAAACUGCUUUGCUUGAUACGCGUUGCAUGUCCAUAUCGAUUGCGGAUGACAAAUGCUUGACAACUGACGCAGCUUGUUCAGGAACAGUCGAGCGCGUAUACGUCACACAAAAGCGCCGCUAUGCAUAUUCGAUUUAUUAAUUUUUGUAUUCUCAUUCAUCUCCCCACAUUGAAGCUGAGCGCUGCUAGACGAGAGAAUACAUGCACAUAUGUAUUACCGAUUACAUUUCGCAUAUAUAUAAGCAAGCAUAACUAAGUGAUUCCUAGUGCCUUCAGGGAUUUAUUAAUUGUAUGUGCUGUUGCAACUGACGGAUUAGAAAUGAUGAAACACUAUUACAUAUCAGAAAGCAUUAAAAAUAUAUUAGAUUUUAAGUAUUUUUUAUCUCAAUAUGUACAUAUAUAGAGGAGCUAUGUAUCUAAGAAUCAAUGAACAAAUAUCCGAUUACAGUAGUUAAAUAUAAGCCAUCGUCGUUUGUAAUACAGUUAUAAAUUACAAUAAUUAAUUUAAAAUUCAUUAAUCUACUCUAAUUGCAAUUGCUUGAUUUUGUAAUAUUAUUUGAAGUGUAGAACAAGCAGUAGAACUGUCAAUAAGAAGUCACGAUACAAUAUUUAUAACUAAAGUAACUCACACUCAUGUAAAUAUGUAUGUACAUAUGUAUACAGCUACAAAAUUGUAAAAAAAUAAAAAUACACCAUUUUUAAAAUGACGAUAAUUUUCCUACUUACACAUAUGUAUACCAUAUUGCCAUACUAAGUACAAUAUCUAAUAUAUGUAUGUAUGCCGCUGCCUUUUAGAAAAAUGCUUUUGUUAAUUUAGUUGAAAAUCAUCUUGCCAUGUUUGUAAAACAUAACUUUAUAAGAAUAAAUAUUUUUCUAUAAUUAACGCUAA